AUGACCGCCCAAAACUUCUCAAAGUACUACCCUGCAGAGGAUGAGGCACAGAUGAAGCAGGCCCGCAAGACAGCGCAUCCGACUAAGUAUCGUACCUCGCUCCAGCCUGGUACAGUGCUCAUUCUCCUUUCCGGUCGCUUCAGGGGCAAGCGCGUGAUCCUCCUUCGACAGCUGUCUCAGGGAGUUUUACUUAUCACUGGUCCUUUCAAAUCAAAUGGGGUUCCCCUGCGACGUGUCAACCAUCGCUACGUUAUCGCGACUUCUACUUCUGUCGAUAUCACUGGAACCGACGAUGAGGUCUUGGACCGUGUAAGCAAAGAUGAGUACUGGGCACGAGAGAAGAAGGAAGGCAAAGGUGAGGAGGAAUUCUUCAAGGACGGCGAGACGCAGUCAAAGAAAGAGACGGACCCGCAGCGUAUCGAGGACCAGAAGAAGGUCGACAAGGCCAUUAUGAGCAACAUUCGCAAGGUUCCGGAUCUUGAGACGUACUUGGCUGCCACUUUCAGUCUCAGAGGCGAUGAGAAGCCGCACGAAAUGGUGUUCUAA